AUGGCUGAACCAUCUAUAUCUACGCUAGAAUCGCUACCUAAUGAAGUUUUAUUCAAUCUAUUUGAAUAUUUCGAUGCUCAAGAACUUUACAGAUCUUUUUAUCAUCUUAAUUCGCAUUGGAAUUGUCUUCUUCAAUCUUUAUCACGUCUCUCACUUAUGUUUCGAACAUCUGAUAUAAAUUCGUUCGAAAAGUAUCAUCAAAACUUCCCAUCACAAAUUCACACUCUAAUGAUCUAUUCACAGGAUAACAUUGAAAUUAGCCAAUUUUUCAAUCUACGUAAUCUAUUAAUUUGGUCGCCAACUGCCGAACAAAUUCUUCAAAUUAAUACUCAAUCAUUUCGAUCGAUCGUCUACCUUUACAUUUCUUUCACCAUUUUGAAACCUUCCAUUUCUUCUCUAUACGAAAAAAUCUUUUCAAACGGUUUUCCCUCUCUAAAAUUCUGUUAUCUAUGUGGACUUGAAUCACCCGAAAAUAAUAUUCAAUGGAGUCAAUCACCAAACCUUCAAUAUUUACAUACAUCAUCCAAUCCUGCAUCUAUUCUCAAUUCGUCGCCCAAUUUAUCUUCAUUAAUUUUAGAUCUAAUCAUCCUAGAUGACAAAUCUCUACACUUCAAUCCACACUUCAACUUAAGGCGCUUAAAAUUAGUUAUUUCGCAUAUCACAUGGCUAGAUGACACGAAACACUUGACAACAUUAUUCACUCUAUUACCAAAUCUGGAACGCUUGUCCUAUCAUAAGACUUACUCAAUUACGAAUUCACUGGAUAUUCUGCUGAGCUAUGAUUGGUUAGGUGGUAUUCUAAUGAAAUAUUUGCCGUUAUUGAAACGAUUUAUUUAUCACCUUCGUGUUUGUAAUUUAUUUUCCAUUGAUCAAACAGAAUUCAAUGAACACCGAUCGAAAUUUAGAGACAAUUUCUUUAAAAUUUUCCCCAACCGAUCAAAAUAUUCUUUCCGAAUUAAUUAA